AUGACCACCGUGGUUCCCACCUCCGAGGAAGAUCCCGUUCUCUCCGUUGUCCGUUUCACCGCCGACUUGUCCUGGGCCGACGCUGGUGCCGAUGUGGCGGAGGAACAGGUGAGUAGACUGUUUGUGGAGGCGCAGGAGUGUAUGAUACAAAACAGGUGGUUGGAUUUAGCAUCACUGAUGCUCACAUCUGCUGAUAUAGUCUUCUCCAAAGCGUCCGAGAAAGAUCUUGAAUGUGUUUAUACUGUCAUUUGCAACCUUGUCAAUAAACCUGAGACUCUGGAUCAAGUUCAUGAGAUGGCAGAGCUUAUAUCUACCAAAGUAACCCAACAGUCAAAAGAGAAGCCUGCCCUGCGCUUGAAGAUCAUGUUUAACCUCUAUAACCUAUUGGAAAACCCAUAUAGCCGGUUCUUUGUGUACAUGAAGGCCCUUAAUAUGUCGGUCAAUGGAAAGGUCACCGAACAUGUUGUGCCGUCUUUUAAAAAAAUAGAUAGCUUUUUGAGGGAGUGGAAUCUUGGAGUUAAGGACAAGAGAGAUCUCUUUCUUACAGUUGCUAAUAUUUUACAGGAAAAUAAAAGCUCCUCGAAAGAUUCUUUUAAAUUUCUUGUCAAGUAUCUGGCGACUUUCUCCGGUGAAGAUGAACCGUCAAUGAGUGAAGCAAAGGAAGAAGCUGUCCGCACCAUAGUUGAAUUUGUCGAGGCACCUGAUAUGUUUCAGGGUGAUUUGCUAGAUAUGCCUGCUGUAGCACAACUGGAGAAAGAUGCUAAAUAUGCACAGGUGUAUCAGCUUUUAAAUAUCUUUUUGACUCAGAGGCUUGAUGCAUACUUGGAUUUCUAUACAGCCAAUUCUGCUUUGCUAAAGAGCUAUGGGCUUAUCCAUGAAGACUGCAUUGAGAAGAUGAGGCUGAUGUCACUCGUAAGUCUUGGCACAAAUGAGUCUCCUCAAAUUCCUUAUUCCUUGAUAAGGGACACACUUCAGAUCGACGACAAUGAGGUGGAACUCUGGGUUGUUAAGGCAAUCACGGCUAAGUUAAUGGACUGUAAAAUUGAUCAGAUGAACCAACUAGUUCUCGUGAGCCGCUGCAUAGAUCGCAGGUUCGGGCAGCAUCAGUGGCAGGCCCUUCAAACGAAGCUUGCAAGUUGGAGGGGCAACAUUGCAAAUGUGUUAAGCACCAUUCAAGCUAACAAGAUAAGCGAAGAUGGCGUUCAGGCAAUGCAAGGGCUGGCGAUUCACUGA